UUUUUGGUGCUCACUUAUAGGUAUACCCCCCGAAACACUUGUAAUCUUUAAAGACUUUAUACCAUUUUUUGGCAAUUUUUCAAACUGAACUAUGGUCGCUGUUGCCGCAUUUUCCAGUAGUGGGCAGGACAAGCCCGCGCAUACUCCCAAAUUGGGACUUUUCGUAUAUAUUUUGGCUGCCGCUUCAGUAAUUGGCGGUUUUCUAUUUGGAUAUGAUACUUCUGUAGUGUCGGCUGCAAUGCUUUAUAUGCCCGAUGCUCCAGGGCUCAAGCCUAUGGAUACUGUGUGGCAGGAGGUGCUGGUCAGUAUUUCUCCAGGAAUGGCUGCUGUCGGUUCACUGAUGUCUGGUACCUCCUCCGACUAUAUUGGUCGGCGGAAAGUGAUCCUCGGAGCUUCUGCAAUUUUCACAAUUGGAGCAUUGGUCUGUGCGGCUUCUGUGAACAAAAUUAUGCUCCUAGUUGGAAGAGUUUUGCUGGGAAUUGCAAUCGGAUUUGCUUCUAUGAUUGUACCCGUGUAUCUGGGAGAAACCGCCCCAACUCACGUCAGAGGAAUGCUGGUGGCCGCCUUUGCCCUGAUGAUCAGUUUCGGUCAAGUCGUCGCAAAUAUCACAGGCGGAGCAUUUAGUUAUAUUGAUCCAUACAAUGUUGGCUGGAGAUUGAUGUUCGCCUUUGCUGCAGUACCUUCAAUUAUCCAGUUCGUGUGCUUCAUGUUUCUCCCGGAGACCCCAAGAUGGCUCUAUGAGAAUGGAUUUGAGACGGAGACACGUGAGGUUCUCGAGAAAGUGUAUAACGGAGAUAAAGAAUGGGUAGAGUACGAAAUGGCGGAGAUCAUUGCUUUCAAUGAAGAUCAGGCUAAGGAAAACGAGAAAGCCCAUGCCUCGGGCCCAGUUAUCUGGCGGAUCCUGAAGACCCCACAUGUCUUGAAGGCCUGUUUCAUCGGAUCCAUGCUUCAGGCCUUCCAGCAGCUUGCCGGUAUCAAUACAAUCCUCUACUACACGGCGGAUAUUAUUCGGUCCUCUGGAAUUUCCAAUAAUCACACAACGAUUUGGAUUUCGGUGCUUCUCUCGCUGUGCAACUUUAUCGGGCCUUUCGUUCCGAUGAGCUUAAUCGAAAAAGUGGGGCGCCGCAUUAUUUUCCUCUUCUCCUGCGGCUUAGUCGUCCUGUCGUUAGUCUUCAUCGGUGUGGCGUUCCUCCUGGUAAACCAUGACUCGGCUGCUACAUUGCCUGCAAAUCAGUAUGGCUCUAACUUUAAUUCAUCUUAUCCAGAUGCUAAGGGAUGCAUGGCUUAUAGCAACUGCGACUAUUGCGUGACCACCGAUGCCUGUGGCUUCUGCCACGACGCCAAUACCAAACAGGGGUACUGUCUUCCAGCAGGCUUUGAUAAUCCUGAAGUGUACUCUAGUACGGGCUCAUGCACAAAUAGUAAUGGAUCCAUCGCCAACAACUUCAAAUGGGAAAAAUACUACUGUGACACCAAGUACACCCUCCUGCCUAUCAUCGCCUGCGGUGUCUACCUGCUCACCUUCUCGUCGGGCUUCACCUCCCUGCCCUGGGUGCUCAAUUCGGAGUUCUACCCGAUGUGGGCCCGAUCCACGUGUGUCGCAAUUAGUACCACGUCAAAUUGGGUGUUUAACCUGAUUAUUGCGCUGACCUACCUUUCAUUGACUCAAGUUAUCGGGAAAUACGGAGCAUUUUGGCUAUACGCGGGCUUAACCGUUAUUGCGUUCAUUUUCAUCCUGUUUUUGGUGCCUGAGACAAAAGGAUACUCCAUUGAAGAGGUAGAAAUGCUAUUUAUGAACAAAAAACAACGCCGGGAGGCAGAGUCCAGACGGCGAGAGACAGUGACAGAGGUCAGGAGUCGAAUGAACAGUACGGUUUCUUUUGGACAACACAAUGAAGUACAUAAAUAUUGAUUUUUGUGAAAAAGUUAAAUUUUAAAUUGUAACGUGUGUCAGCAAAAUUGAUUUUCCAUAACAAAAAAAAUUUCCAAAAAAAAUUCCAAAAAAAAAAAUGUUUUUUUGAAAAUUUUUCGGAAAAUAUCGUUAAAUGUUAUACAUUUUCUGGGUCGUUUUGAAUGAAUUUUUCUUUUUUU